AUGACGGACAGCGGCAAGUGUGCGUUUGUGCUUGGGAUCGAGCUUUUGGACGGUGAAGAUGGCAGUGUGACACUAUGUCAGCGUCGGUAUGUAGAUGACAUACUCAAGCGCUUUGGCAUGGAUGAUUGCAAGGCCGUCGCAAGUCCAGUCGACAUGAGCUCUCGACUUGUUUCAAGUGAUGCAGCCACCAAGGUCGAUGCUCCUUUUGGCGAUGCUGUUGGUGCGUUGAUGCACCUGACCACUGCAACGCGCCCGGAUGUUGCGCUCGCCGUGGGCUAUGUGUCGCAAUUCAAGGAGAACCCCCAAGAAGAACACUGGGUUGAGGUCAAGCGCAUCUUCCGCUACCUACAAGGCACCAAGAUGCUCGGAAUCUGCUACAAGCCAAAUGCGAAGAUCGGCUUUCGUGGCUACUCGGAUGCAGACUGGGCCGGUGACCUCGCUGAUCGCAAGUCGACGUCUGGCUACGUAUUUAUGCUGUUGGGUGCGCCAGUGAGUUGGGGCAGCAAGAAACAGCCAAGUGUUUUGUUGUCCACGAGUGAAGCCGAAUACAUCGCACUCAGCUUGGCGAUUCAAGAGGGCAAGUGGAUUCAUCGUCUGCUUUGUGAGAUCAUGAUGGCUGCCAGUGAAGAAGGACCGGAACUCAUGAUUCAUGAAGACAAUCAGUCGUGUAUCAAGAUGACAAAGAACCCGGUCAACCACGGCCGUGCCAAGCACAUUGAUAUCAAGUAUCAUCACAUCCGUGAUGAGGUCAAGCGCGGUGAAGUGAAGCUCAAGUAUUGUGAAACUGCGGUGAUGUUAGCGGACAUCAUGACGAAGGGACUUCACGGGCCACGCCACAAGGAGAUGACGGCGACUCUCGGGAUUCGUGCGUGUUCGCAUUGA